AUGCCCAGGCCUUCUCCCUUUGGUGCAGAGCCGGAAGAACCAACAGUGCAAUCAUCUCUCGCUUCUUCUAGCUCGGGGUGGAAGAAGUACACCCUACUUGAGAAGGAGGUGGGGCACAAGUGCCUAGCCGCACUCCUGGGAGUCGGGCACAAGAGACUCCACAAGUUGGAAUCCACCAGACCUGAUCUGCGCUAUGGCCAAAAACCAUACAUGUCCAAACCAGGGACGUGGACGGUAGACGCGUUUCUGAAGAUUUCUUACGAUGCAGUAGCAGAGACCCUGCCCGACGAGUUCAUCCGAAGGGGGAGAGCCUCACGGCCAAAGAGGGAUCUCGAUGGCGAUGAGCCAAGUGACUAUGAGGAGCUUUCUUCAGAGGUCGAAAUGGAUGACAUGAAGGGCAAAGCAUCAGCGGCCAAGAAUGAAGGUUCAUGGGACCUGGGCGUGAUUACUAUUUGUGAUGAGGAAGGUCGGCCACGACCCACUACGGUGGUGGUUGUGGAUUGGGUGGGUAUCCAAACCAGGGUGGAGGUGAAAAAAAUGAAUGCCACCCACAGCUGGCGAACACACUUGCCUGCGACUGGAGUCAAGCUUGAAGGUGGUCUGCUGCGAGACGAUGAGGGGAACCACAUGUUUCUGUGCAUGCAGCGCAGAGGAUGGACAUUGUCCCCACUGGAAAGUGUCUUGCUAACAGCUGCCAUCCAGCAACCCAACAACCACAGCGAACAGACGGGACGAAGCCUGCGAAAGCUGGCCGAGGCUGUGAUGUAUCACUAUGGUCACAAGUACCAGCGGGCUGUGGAUUACUUGCAAUCCCUUGCCAACAACAGUUUUUGGGAAGAAGCUGAACUUCCAAGGGCAAAGGUAGAGGAACGGUCCCGCAUGCUCAAGGAUCAGAAAGAUUCCGGCACAGCAGAGGAACCUCCUUCGAAGAAAGCGUGCUCUGCUUUUGAGAAGCAGAUGUCCAAGUUGCCAGCGGGCGAUUUGGAGCUGGUGAAAGACCUGGUGCAGUUUGUCUAUUCGUUCAAGACUGAUCUUGGUGAAACGCAGAUAGGAUCCCACCCAGCAACACUUGCUCUUGAUACCUUGGGGAGUGGUUCUGAUGAGAGCAACAAGCUCCAUGCUGCCCAGUUGGAUGGGUGGUACAAUGAAUAUGCUUGCAAAGUCCGCAAGAUGCCGUAUCUCUACCGACCACCUGCCCUCGCUAUGGAUCCUAGCAUGAACGACGAGACGACAAAGGUGCCAAUCAUCUGCCUGAGGUUCACAAAGCCACUGGAUGGCUUACCAGUGUUGGAGGAUUGGCUGGACGCCUGGACUUGCGGACCGCUGAGUGUGGACCAGAUCAAGGGCUGGACUCGCACAACAAUUGUCUUGACAAUCCUCUUGGCUGCUUCGGAGAUGGACCUUUCUGACCCCAGCUGUGUCCAGAAGCUGCAGCCUCUGUUCGGGGUGCUCGACAAGUGCUGGCUGGUCCCAGUUCACUUCACCUUUGGAGCCGAUCAAGCUUGGCAAUCCUUCCGCAAUUUGAGCUUGAGCUACCGUGGAAGCGAACGUCAAGCACCCAACACCUUACAACUAUCACUUCGCUUUAGCCAUGUGAUGGAGCUUCGGUCUCAAGAUGGCACCCAUGGGUCAGGUCUCUCCACCGAGCAGCGCCUUCAAGAUGUGGUGCAAUCCUUCAACGAGACCUCUGGCCUGCAGAACAAACACAAGAUCGACGAGGAGAAAUUCAAAGCCAUCUACAAUAUCAUUGCCGGAAGCUGUCCUGCUGCUCGCGACAUCAUCCGCGCUCACCUUGAUCGGGCAAAGUGGAAGGAAAGCGCUUUCAGUGUUGAACAGUUUCGCUCUGUUCGUUGGAUGCUCAACACAGCUCCCCGGAGCUCUUGCUGCCCGACCACCCUGCGCAAGUUUUUGACCGUCACCGAACUUGCACAGUGCAUGCACUUGAAGCUCGUCAUUCAGAGUUUCUUGGACGCGGGACGCCGACUGAGAGCAAGUGCUAGGCCACGGGUACGCCUUGCCUCUGAGGGCUUUGACAAGCUAUGCGAUUUCGCUUGUGUGUACGCCAAUGUCCUGACAGAAGCCAGAUCUCUUGCUAGCUGGUCUGACGAGAAGGAGAAGGGAUUCAUGAAAGCGUUCUACCAGAAGGACUACAUGUCCGAGAUUGAAGCGCUCAUUGUGGCCAAACUUCCUUCAUGGCAGCCCCAGCAUUUGUCUUUGUGGUCUGACCGGGUUGAGCCGCCAGCUACCCCAUGCAAGGUGGCCACGGCUGCAGACAUCGUCCAAAUGGAGGACGAGGCUCAAGGGGCAAAGUUCCGGGAGAUUAGGGCAAAGAUCAGCCAGGACGUGGCAAGCAUGACGGCCUACAACGCCAAAAUUGAGGCCAACAAGAAACGGGAACACGUGGUGAUGGUCAUGCAUGAAAGGAGCCAAAUGCAAGUUGGGAAAGAGCUCUGCGAAUCCUACAUGGAGAAAUGGUGCCGCGUUGACAUGACCGCCAAGAAGGAGAACUGCGAUUCGAAGAUCGAUCAAAUGGUUCGGGCAACCGCAGCUGCCAAGAAGGUUGAACCCCGCGACGUAGACCUCAUUCUGUAUAUGGAUUGCACCAAGAUGGGUGUGAUUUCACAGAGUGAGAUCAACUAUGUGGGUGAGACUGCUGAGCGAUUGCUGUACCGAAACCCUUCCAGAUCAACUCUGCUCUUGUUGCCACCGCUCUUGGUGGGUUCUGAUGGUGGAGGCAGCCUCCGAAAUGACAUAAGGAAAUUGGAGGACAAAUUGCUUGCUCACAAAAUUGAGCUGAAGCCCUUCACAAUCAACCUUGACCAGAAGGAGCUCCAUCGGAACAGAGACCUACCCUCUGCAUUCAUUGCCUUCAUGGGGGUAGUUGACUCGACGCUCCCACUGAAAGGCACUGCGCACCGAGUGGUUCGUGGUGCUCCUGAGAGUGAAAAUUCCACGAAUGUGUUUUGCAGUUCCUCCUUGUGGCUUCGUCAAUCGCUCCGACCCGAAGCUUUUCCACCAGCCCUAGCAGAGAAGGAGUUUGUCGUGCCAGGAGAAGCUUUCACAUGCAACGACACACGCAGGAACUAUUCAGACCAGCAAGAGACUGCACAAUGGCUUGGCGGCCAAGCUGUUCCAAAGGCUCUUCUCCAAGCACUCACAGGUGACCGGAAGCAGUUCUAUGGCGCAGUGGUUGUGCAUCCAACGUCCUAUGAUGCAUGCGUGGAGCUGGCUUCAUUGCAGCUUGGUCUCUCUGUCAUGGGGAGCAGCAGUGUGCAAGCCAAUUUCCAGUGCGCCAAGGAGAUGGCCAAGGGUCACCUCCUAGAGGAGCCUUCGCCUGACAGCCUUCCUCAGAAAGACGACUUGCCUGCUCUCAAGGUCUGUCAGGUAUCUGACAACAAACUGUGCCUUCCGAGGGACAUUUGGCAGAUGUUCCUUCAGUGCCCCAUCUACGGGCCUGAAUGGCGCAGUUUGCUGAAGGAGUUUGAUGCGCAGUGGGGUGUGCCUGCAUCAGAUGGCUCUCCGACCCCACGAUCCAGUGCCAAUCCCAAUGGCACACCCAGCCCUGUGAAGGAUGAGGUGAAAAUGGAGAAGGAUGAGUUUGAUUGGAGCACAGCAUUUCCCGACGAGCCCAAGACCAUGGACGCAAUCAAGCAAAAGUACGGGCAGGACAUCACCGAGAUGCCAGGCCAUGACCCCAAUGUCACCUUUGUCCUCGUGCCGGGUCCAGCCCUCUUUGUGACUGUCAAGGAAGCCAUGGUGCUGAAGAACGCUGCGAUCAAUGGUCCCAUUGUGGCGCACGGGGCAGGAGUUUGGCUAUUGGGGGACAAGGCAGACAAAUUCAAAAAGGACAACCCUAACCGUGGCAUCCCGUGCAGUUGGCACAACGAUGAAGGGUGGGUAGUGAUGGAGGAGCAAGGUGCUGAUGGUGAUGUGGUGUCACUGCGUGUUGCGCUUCAGCGUGUGGAGAAGGGCGGGAUGGUUGACUUUAGCCUGGGCGGCCACACCUGUGCUCGUCCAGCAGCGGUGGCACAAGGUCAUCAGGACGAUCACUUUCAAGUGGCUCCAGACGCCGCCCAGGCUUUGUUGUGGAGGCCACAUGCUAUUGCGACCAAGAACCUCAAGGCUUGCAACGUUGCGAGCAGCUUUUUGUGGUCUGCUUUGGAGGAGUCUCCACUUGUGCUGGUUUGGCGUUUGCGGAUCUAUGCGACCGAGAAGUGUGUUGCGGCUUGCAAGCCGUUGUGGUUCCUUCCGGCUCCAUUGGACCUUGGGAAGGGCCGUUGCCAAAGGUUGAUCUGA